AUGUUGUCUGCACCAGAACAAGAUACAACCAAUUCUCCAGGUACUGAGGGCCCACACACAGAGAAUGUGGUUGAGGAUGAAUAUCAAGACGAUGAAUACGUGAGUUUAGAUGAGGAAGAUGAAGAACUUAUCUGGAGAGUGUUUUUUCAAAAACUAGAAAAACACAACAACAAAAACAACAACGAUGGCUCCGAUCUGGAUGAGUCUGAAGAGUCCGAUGGCAGUAGUGAGGAAGAGGAAGAAUCUGAGGAUGAGGAUUUAGACGAUGAUGAAUUUAGUGAUCUUUCAGAUAUUGACGACCCUGCUCUAGUGGCCACAUACAAGGCUCUAAUGUCUGAGAAAGUUAACAAGGAUCUUGGGGAAGAGGAGCAAAGAAGACUAUUGAUAUCCAAUUUCACUGACGAUCAAAUGGAGAGAUUUGAAGCCUAUAGACGAAUGACUGUAAAUAAACCUGGCGUGAAGAAAAUCUGCAACGGUAUAGUUGGUCACACAAUCCCACAAAUAAUUGCAGUUGUUAUGGCGGGUGUCUCCAAACUGUUUCUUGGGGAAAUCAUCUCAAAAGCAUUUGAAAUCCAAGAACGAAAUUCCAAGGGUAGACUUUUAAUGGAUAUCGAAACGAAGAAGAAACAGAAGAGAGAGAUUAUCAGUAGUUUGCAAAGGGGUGAGGAAAUCGAAGUUGAUGAAAGAAGCUUGAAAUUUGAAGGAGAUGAGAUACAUCCAUUGCAACCGGAACAUAUCCGUGAGGCAUGGAGAUUGUACCAGCUUGAGAAUAGUGUUUUUUCUGGAAGUCGAAAAAGAAAAAUGGGAGACGAUGGCCCUUUCUAUACUUAG